AUGAAGCAGCCGGGGGCUGCCGCGGGUGUGAUGGGGACGGGCGAGAGGAGUCAACGAGGAGUGAAACGGGGCUGGAGACUGUGUGCGCUGGAGGGUCCCCCCGCAACCCCCGCCCCGCUGUACCUCAGCCGCUCCCGCACCAGCCCCGCACCGGCCCCGCUGUACCUCAGCCGCUCCCACACCGGACCCGCACCGGCCCCGCUCCCCGCGCCCCGUUGUACCUCAGCUGCUCCCGCACCAGCUCCGCACCAGCCCCGCACCAGCCCCGCACCGCUCCCGCUCCCCACGCCCCGCUGUACCUCGGCCGCUCCCGCACCGCUCCCGCACCGGCCCCGCUGUACCUCGGCCGCUCCCGCACCGCUCCCGCACCGCUCCCGCACCGGCCCCGCUGUACCUCAGCCGCUCCCGCACCGCUCCCGCACCAGCCCCGCUGUACCUCAGCCGCUCCCGCACCAGCCCCGCACCGCUCCCGCACCGGCCCCGCUGUACCUCAGCCACUCCCGCACCAGCCCCGCACCGCUCCCGCACCAGCCCCGCUGUACCUCAGCCGCUCCCGCACCGGCCCCGCACCGCUCCCGCACCAGCCCCGCUGUACCUCGGCCGCUCCCGCACCGCUCCCGCACCAGCCCCGCUGUACCUCAGCCGCUCCCGCACCAGCCCCGCACCGCUCCCGCACCAGCCCCGCUGUAUCUCAGCCGCUCCCGCACCGCUCCCGCACCGGCCCCGCUGUACCUCGGCCGCUCCCGCACCGCUCCCGCACCGCUCCCGCACCGGCCCCGCUGUACCUCGGCCGCUCCCGCCCCGCCCCGCCCCGCACGCGCCUUUCCGGCCGUCGCAAAAGCGGCGUAA